AUGGAUGUAAAUCCAGGGCGAACACCAAGUAACAACGGAAGGAACAUGCGAGCGCUAAAACACGUCUCGGGACGAGUGUCGAAAGUGGUCAGCAGCAGGCAGGUCUCGGCCUAUCGCCAGAGAGAGGACUGCGGCUGCAGCUCCUUGAGCCGUGGCAGCGCAUCGAGCCGCAGCGAGCCUGUAAGGUUUGAGGGCCUGUCUGACUCGGCAAGAAGGCACAACGCCGAUAUGGUGGAGAUACCGGCCGGUCGAUUUCUGAUGGGUGACAGGAAGGAGAGAGUUCACUUCCCGCAGGAUGGUGAAGGCCCUGUGCGGCCGGUAACGAUGUCCAGCUUUUGGAUGGAUCGCUUCGAGGUGAGCAACGAGAAGUGGCAGGAUUUUGCCAGCGAGACGGGCUACCUCACAGAUGCCGAGCGUUUGGGCGACUCCUUCGUAGCAGAGCUCUACCUCUCGAAGGCGGUCAAUGCGACCAUCGAAAAGAAGGUGGAUGCCGUGCCUUGGUGGUUGCCAGUGCCCAAUGCUUCGUGGCAAAAGCCAGAGGGUAUUGAUAGUGCUCUGAGUGGCGUUCACAGCAGAUAUGGGGAUCGCUGGAAACAUCCCGUUGUGCAUAUCUCUUGGAACGAUGCGGAGGCGUACUGCAGGUGGAGAAAUGCAUCUUUGCCAACCGAGGCACAGUGGGAAUAUGCAGCACGAGGUGGCCUUGAAGGCAAACUUUAUCCAUGGGGUGACACGACGUACGGCAAUGAAACUGAAGAGAUACCCCGCCGACACCGAAUGAACAUCUGGCAAGGGGCGUUCCCGCUGGAGAACACUGCCAAAGAUGGCUACCCGAAGACGGCACCAGUCGAUGCAUAUGGGCCUCAGAACGAUUGGGGCUUGUACAACAUGGUGGGCAACGUUUGGGAGUGGACCGGCGACUGGUUCAGCCCAGUACAUUUCCUCACCGACAAGAACAAGGAGACUGGCCUUGUGGACCCUACAGGGCCUGAGAUCGAAGAGUUAGAUGAACUGGUUGAGAUGGGGUAUUUGAAGAAAGAUUCAUCUGGACAAUACGAAAAAAUCAAGAAAGGUGGCUCGUUUAUGUGCCACAAGUCGUACUGCUAUCGCUACAGGAUCUGCGCGCGCAGUCACCUCACAGCGGAUGGCGCUGCGCAUCAUACCGGAGUUCGGUGCGCUCGAGCUGUGCAGCAGAAGACACCAUGA